AUGUCCUUCAUGCCUAACAUACGUCUAGCGUUUCUCGUACCUUUUCUCGUCGCCCUCCAAGUAUGGGCACAAACCACUCGUGGGACGUUUGCAAACCCAAAAACGGGGCCAAAAUGGCGUUAUUGGAUCGAGGAUUCGUCGGCAGACCUCAAUGUGCUCCAGAGGGAUGUUGCCGAGAUGGCGAGGGUAGGUUCCUCCGGAUUUGAGCUACUGAGCUACCAGUCAUACGGAGGACUUCAGAGCAACACGGGCGACGUCCUCGUUGACCCCACCAAUGUGGCGUUUGGCUCUGACAAGUUUGUUACCGCCACUGAAACCCUUGUUCGGGCCGCAAAAGCGAAUAACAUUACCAUCGACUUCACCCUUGGUCCAAACCAAGGCGCUGGUGUUCCCGUGAAGCCGAGUGAUGUUGACCAAGAGGGGAUGCUGACCGAGUUGGUUUUCGGUUCUCAUUUCCUUGCUUCGGGAGAGUCCUUCAAUGGAACAUUACCUCCUCCGGUCAUUAUACCGUUUGUCGCCGCUGAUGGUGUCGUCCGGAGUGCAAAUACAACUGAGAAGUUUCUGGUCGCGGUGCUUGGUGCGCAAUUAGUUGAAGGUGCAAGCUCAUCAGCAAAGCGAGUAUCGCUCGAUUUCAACACGGUUGUGGAUUUGACGAAUGGCGUUCAAGAUUCAGGAAACACGUCUAGCGUUUCCUGGACACCCAAUGCCGAUCGAACAUCUGUUCUCCUUGCGUAUUAUUAUCGUCGAAAUGGAUUCCCAGAAGCACGAGGGGGGUUUAAUGGUGUCCAAGACGACAAGCCAGGCUCUUGGGGGUCAUUCGUCGUCGACCAUUUCUCGCCAAAGGGCGUUAAUAUCUCUUCGACUUUCAUACAGAACAGCGUUUUGUCUCGGAAUGGCAUUGGGGAAUUACUUGCUGAACCUGGUGUCGGAAAAUACAUGUGGGAGGAUAGUAUGGAGUUCCAGGCGCAAGUGUGGUGGACACCUACUCUCCCACAGCGGUUCCAAGAACGUCAUGGGUACAGUAUCAAUAAGGCCCUCCCCGUAUUUCAUUCCCUCUUACCCGCCCAUGCGGUAUUCUCAGGUGGCCUUAAUGUCAACCAAACGUUCGAUUUUGGGUCGACUUUCAAUGCCUGGGCAUUCACCGAGGACUAUCGUGAUACUUUGACCACUCUGUACGUGGAUUACAUGGCCGCCUUCAACGAGUGGUCAAAUUCAAUUGGCCUUCAAUUCUCAAACCAACCAGCCUAUGACUUCCAACUGGAUGUCGGAGCCAGUGCUGCGAUUCCUGAUGUCCCCGAGAUUGAAUCCCUGGCUCUGCCUGUUAUCGAUGAGGCACGACAACUAUCCGGAGGUGUCCAUCUUGGAAGGCAUCCAAUUCUUUCGAGCGAAACCGGUGCACGACCCAACCUUGCUAUGGCUCUUCAAAUGUCUCAGUUGCUCGAAGACAGCAAGGCACAAUUUGCCGGUCACGUCAACCUACUCAUGCUACAUGGUUACUCAUAUAGCGGUGCCUACCCGAAUACAACAUGGCCUGGGAUUUGCACUUUCGCGUAUAACUUUGCCGAGAUGCACGGUCCAAGGAUGCCGGCUUGGGACCACUAUGCGGGAUAUUUGUCAUUCCUGGCGCGAAACCAAUAUAUCCUUCAAUCUGGCAUAGCCAAAAUUGAUGUUGCACUCUACCGCAAGGCUUACGAUAUCACGCGCAAUGCACCCUCUCCCUUCCCAAGUACCUCGCUGAUCAACGCCGGCUAUACGUAUGAGUAUGUCAGUCCCGAAAAUUUCAAACUUCCCGGAGUAUCUGUCUCCAAAGCUCGCCUCGCUAUUGAUGAACCCGCUUAUAAAGCUUUCGUGCUCAGCCGAAUUCAGAACAUCACCGUCGAUGCCGCUCAGAGUCUAGUUGGAUUUGCUAAAGGCGAUUUACCUAUUGUUAUUGUCGGUAGCCUUCCUACUGGUAUACCUGGUUUCGACGCAAACGGGACGCAGAAUGCUCGUGUAAAUGACCUACUGCAUCAGCUCACUGCUUUGCCUGUGGUGAAAGUAGUCGACGACGAGGAAGCUGUUCCCGGUGCUCUGGCAUCGUUGGGUGUAACCCCAGCUACCGUGAUCGAUCCUCCUUCCCCUUCCCUCUAUGCCGUUCGCCACGACGAAAACAUCACUUCUGGCACCACCAGCCACUUUUUCUUAUAUAACCAGAAUAGCACUGCCAUCAAUUUCACCCUUACAUUAUCGCCCGGUUUCAAUGGAACACCCUUCGUACUGGACCCAUGGAGUGGUACAGUUAAUCCUGUCGCCAUAUGGAGUAGGACUGACAAAGGUAUCGUCAUACCUGGCAUAUCCCUCGCCCCACUACAGUCGGCACUAUUCACUGUUACGUCCGAACAGAGCUUCGAAGGCGUCUCGUCACCACCAGUUCAUAUAACCACAGCUGGCGCCGAUGUCUUCGCUGCGAUUUCGUCCUCAGGUAUCGAGGUGCGUUCCCUCCACGAAGGAUCGCAGCAGAUCACACUUUCAAACGGACAAUCACGGACUGUCAAACUCGCACUCGAUGGUGCGAAUACCCAAGAGUUGACGGGAUGGCAGCUGAAUAUUACCAGUUGGGAGCCGCCUCAAGAUCUCAGCAAGGUCGAUUCGGUACUUGUUUCUCAUCCACCCAUCAACCUCACUCGGGGACUUGUUCCUUGGGAUCAACUUGAUGGGCACGCAAACACAUCUGGAGUAGGAACAUAUGUGACUACGUUCGAAUGGACCCAUGCUCGGAACGGUGGUGUUGGUGUACAGCUCGACUUUGGUGUCGUUGUACACACUUUGAAAGCAUGGUUGAAUGGUGUUCAACUUACGACGGUCGAUCCAACGCAUCCUGUUAUCGACAUCUCUGCACUUGUCAAGCAGGGAAGUAAUACAUUGCGAGUAGAUGCUGCAAGCACACUCGUUAAUGCCCUCAAUGCAGUUCCUCAAGUUAGGUCCUUAGGCCAGUUGCGUAGCUCUACGGAACCAAGGGGUCCACCGAACCAGCAUUACGGCCUGUUGGUACCCGUUCGCUUGAUUCCUUAUGCUCGUGCAACAGUCUAG